CCUUUAUUCUCUUUUCUCGUCCGCCUCUUCUCUCGUCUCUCUCUCUGAACUUCAUCCUCUCUCUUCCCUCCACAAAUCCAAACCCUAGAAAUCCCUGUUUCCUUUCCAAAACGAUUUUCUUAUGAUUUAUGUCUUAAAUCAUCUCUAUUAGGGUUUAGAUAUUAUAAAAAACGGUAGAAUUGAAUUAUUUGAUAAAAAAUUGAGAGGAGAGGAAUGGCGUCAUCGGAUGCAACAAGCCCCGUUUACAUCAACGUCAUCGAAGACGUCAUCAACAAGGUCCGCGACGAGUUCAUCAAUAACGGUGGGCCCGGUGAGACCGUCCUUUAUGAGCUUCAAGGACUUUGGGAGACGAAAAUGAUGCAAGCAGGUGCUAUAUGUGGUACAAUAGAUAGGUCAUCAGCUAAUAAGCUGCCGGUACCUGGUGGUCCAAUUACUCCAGUACACGACCUUAAUGUACCGUAUGAAGGGACCGAGGAAUAUGAGACUCCCACUGCUGAGAUACUCUUCCCUCCUACACCAAUGCAAACACCCAUGCAGACGCCAUUACCAGGAAGUGCGCAAACACCUUUACCUGGAAGUGCGCAAACACCUUUACCUGGAAAUGCGCAAACACCUUUACCUGGAAGUGUGGACAAUUCAUCCAUGUAUAACAUUCCUACUGGAUCUAGUGAUUAUCCCACCCCUGUCAGUGAUGCUGGGGGCAGUACCGAUGGAAAAGCUGGGAGACCCAGCCCUUUCAUGCAACCUCCCACUUGGAUGCAUCAAAGGCCGCCUCUUAGUGUUGAUGUCAAUGUUGCUUAUGUUGAAGGGCGGGAUGAGGUGGACAGAGGGACCUCUCACCAAGCCUUGACACAGGACUUCUUCAUGCCUUCUGGAAAACGGAAGCGCGAGGAUUUUGCUCCGAAAUAUAACAAUGGUGGAUUCAUACCCCAGCAAGAUGGAGCUGGGGAUUCUGCUUCUGAGGUUUCUCAGGUAAGCCAAGGGAAUGAUCCUCUUGGAAGAUGUGACACUAGCACCACUAAAAAUAAAGAGAUCUUAGCACGUGUGUCGAGGUCAUAUUUGAAGAUUCCUCAAGUGGAUGGGCCAAUUCCUGAUCCUUAUGAUGAUGUGCUUUCUACUCCCAAUAUAUACAAUUAUCAAGGAGUUGCCAAUGAAGAUUACAACAUAGCAAACACACCAGCUCCCAAUGAUCCACUGGCAAGUACCCCAGCUGUUGUCAGUCAAAAUGAUGUUGCUGAUGAUGAUGAUGAUGAUGAGCCGCUGAAUGAAGAUGAUGAUGAUGAUGAGGAUCUGGAUGAUGUGGACCAAGGAGAGGAGCUGAAUACGCCGCAACAUUUGGUUUUAGCUCAAUUUGACAAGGUGACCCGUACCAAGAGCAGGUGGAAAUGCAUACUCAAGGAUGGUAUUAUGCAUAUAAACAACAAGGACAUUCUCUUUAAUAAGGCAACAGGAGAAUUUGACUUUUGAUUUUGUUAGGGGAAUGUCUGCUUGGCAGCUAGUAUCAUUUGCUUUUAGUGGACGUAUCCUGAGUUACCACUGGUUGUGUGGUAAGGUUUCUCAAAAAUGUCCUCUAGUGAGAGCUCAAGGGAAGUGAGCGAGAUGCUUUUUUUUUUUUUUGAAUUGAAACCCUUUUGAAUGGGUUGGAUGGUUGGCCUAUUGUACAUAAAGGAAGAGCUUUUCAGCUUUUAUAAUGUAUGACUGCAGGAGGUUUUUCUUGAGAUUCCAAUGUAAUUUCAUUUAUGUCA